ACAUGAACGAUGUUGUAGUUUUGGUGUUUCAUCAUGUUGCCUCUGACAUGAUGAAGCACUUUAGCUUUUCUGGCCGGUCUGCGGUUAGUAUUUAAACACACCUCCACAAGAAAGUUUGUAAAAGCACAACAAACAAUCUAUCGCUAUACUAUCUUGCGUAUUAAAUAUAUAUAUUAUUUCGCUAUACAAACUGCCGAAAGAAACUGCAGCGGAAAAAUGAUUGAAUUCGUUAUUGGUGCUGUGGUGCUCCUUUUGGCCGUAGCGUAUUUUCGCUCCAGCCGGCACAAAAACUUACCACCGGGACCGCCAGGUUUGCCUUUCGCCGGUCAUAUUCUGGAAUUCACCAAAGACCCGCCAUUUAAGAAGUUUAUGGAAUGGAGCAAAAAAUACGGGGAUACCAUUAUGGUGUACAUGGGCAAUCAGUAUCCAAUGGUGGUGAUGCACGACUACGACACAAUGAAGAAGGCCUUCAACGAGGAAGUUAAUGCCGGGCGAGAUCAGCGCUUCCUGUUCAACGACUUCUUCCAAGGGCAUGGUUUAAUUAUUAGCCAAGGGGAUUUGUGGAAGGAACAUCGGCGUUUUGCCAUCUCCACUUUACGCGAUUUUGGCAUGGGCAAAACCUGGCUGGAAGAUAACAUUAUCGCCGAAGUAGAAGAUAUGUGCGCGGUGCUGCGAAAGCAGAAUAAACAACCGUUUGACCCCAAAACAUUGCUGUCUCACUCCGUGUCCAAUGUUAUAUGCGCUCUCGUUUUUGGCAAACGAUUUGCGCAUACGGAUGCCAAGUUCACCAAACUGGCUUCGCUGUUUGCUGAGAAUGUCCGAAUAACGGGACCCACGACGCAGGUAAUACAGACGUUCCCAUUCCUGCAGUACAUUCCCGGUCGAUUCCGCAACUCCAUCAAACACGCUUGGAAAAACAUAUACGAGUUGUAUGGAUUCGCUAAACACUUGAUUGAUGAACACCAGAACAAGUUCUCCUCGGAAGAAGUCGAUGACUACAUCGAUGCAUUCAUUAAGGAAGGGAAAAAGCAGCAAGAAAAAGGAGUUGUGAAUAGCACAUUCACCGAUAAGCAGCUAGUGACCUCGGUGCUGAAUCUUUUCGCUGCCGGAACGGAAACAACAUCCACAACCACCCUAUGGAGCUUAGUUUUCCUAAUCGAAAACCCGGAAGUGAUGCGCAAAAUGCAGAAGGAAAUCGAUGACAACAUUCCGCGCGAUCGGCCUGUACGAAUGGAUGAUAAAGGGCUUCUUCCGUACACCGAGGCGGCAAUUCUGGAAGUGCAGCGCUGCGCCAGCUUGGUUCCCAUUGGUGUUCUGCAUCAGACGUUGGCCGACACGGUAAUCGAUGGAUAUACUGUGCCAAAGGGAACUCUGUUGGCGCCCAACUUGUACAGCAUUCACCAUGAUCCGCGUUACUGGAAAAAUCCUGACAAGUUUGACCCCACCCACUUCCUGGAUGCCAGCGGAAAGGUCACCCAUCCCACCGGAUUCGCGCCGUUUCAAGUUGGCAAAAGGUCAUGCUUAGGAGAAGCCUUGGCUAAGAUGGAGCUGUACCUCUUCAUAUCCAACAUCGUGAAAAACUUCAAUUUGGAAAAUGCACCUGGGAAGAAGGUGUCUCAUGAGGAUUAUGUUGCCAGUAUUGUUCUUGCUCCGGCCCCGUACAAAAUUGUAUUUGUGCCACGAUAGAUGAGAAGCACCAGAUGGAGGCGCACUUAAGUAUUCGAUAAGGUUUUUCGUAACGAGGUACUGUUUCGAAAUUGGUGCUCUGUGUUAAUAACAAAUCAGUUUUCUUUUCUGAUCGUUUGUUUUGUACUGAUAUUAUGAACACGGUACUACCGUGUUCAAAUUUUGCAGUUUUAUCGUCGGCGCCAUGGUUUUUUUCUUUAGUUUUUACUUUUUAACUAUAAUAUUGCAAUGUGCUACAAAGCGAGUUUUUUGCUUGCGGCAAAUUUGCCUGUAUAAAAAGGUAGCACUUACCCUUUGCAACAACACAUUAUUUAUCUGUAGAUUACGCACUCUUGUGAUGCUAAAAACUCUUACUGUUGGUAUUAAAUUACAUUUUCACUGUUAAAUACCGCGAUGG